AUGGCGUGCGCCCCCGGGUGGCUGGUGGCCCCGCUGCCGCUGCCGCUUCUGCUGCUGCUGUUGCUGGCGGCGUGGCCGGCGCCCGUCCCCGCGCAGCCCGACCAGGAGCCGCUCGAGGACGAGUUUCGUGCUGUGUGCCACAUGUGUCAUAAUGAUUCCCGAGUUAUAGCGAACACGCGCACGUGCAAUGUGGCUUCUGUCCUAGGAUUCGGGAAAAACUGCACUUGCGUGGGCUUGCUAAAACUCCUGAAUCGUUCGUCAAAAGGAAACGUGUGCAUCGGGUCUGAAAGAGAAGUUAAGAACCCUUUGCUUAAUGACUUAUUUCAACAUGUUUUUGGGCUGAUUAUUGGCUUUUUGUUUGUGGCUGUGCGUGACUUGACUUCCGCCCACUCAGCCACAUGGCCUUUUGCCACCGAAAAAUGUAUCUCUCAUUCACUCUUCUCUUCGCCCCACCUCGUUCCACCUCGCCUCGCUCGUAGUCAUCCCGCCAGAAUAGAGAAAGCAAAGGAUAAAGGGAAAGCUUUUUGUGAUGUUUGGGUGAAAAGUUACAUUUGA